CAAAUUGGACAAGUACUUCACGUAAAAUAAUUUUCUAUUUUUUUAAAAUAUUAACGUUUCCAUUACGUCUUGAAGUGCUAAAUACUAGCGGUGCUAUAAAUAAAGUCGUCAUCAUAAUCAACAUCUUUGUUAUCCUAAUUCCUCUAAAUUAUCUCAUUUUUCAGAUUAGAAUUUAGAACCCUAGAUUGAAAGAAAGGAUUGCGAUAUUUUCGUAGAUUUGCAGAGAUGGAGAGAGCAAUUAACAGACAGAAAAUUCUUCUCGAUCAUCUUCGUCCAACUUCUUCCUCCGAUCACAAUUAUGAAGCUGCUCUCUCUGCAUCCAACUGCAUGGCAGGGGAUUCUGCUGCUUAUCACAGGACCAGUGCUUUUGGUGAUGAUGUUGUCAUAGUAGCGGCACAUCGCUCUCCACUUUGCAAGGCAAAACGAGGUUCUUUAAAGGAUACAUUUCCUGAUGAUAUUCUUGCACCAGUUUUGAAGGCAUUGAUAGAGAAAACAAAUGUGAACCCUGCCGAAGUUGGGGACAUUGUUGUGGGAACUGUUUUGGCCCCAGGUUCCCAGAGAGCCAGUGAGUGUAGGAUGGCAGCAUUUUAUGCUGGUUUCCCAGAAACUGUUCCUAUAAGGACUGUGAAUAGGCAAUGUUCUUCAGGGCUUCAGGCAGUUGCUGAUGUUGCAGCAGCCAUUAAAGCCGGAUUUUAUGAUAUAGGAAUUGGUGCUGGAUUAGAGUCAAUGACAUCAAACCCAAUGGCUUGGGAAGGAUCUGUCAAUCCCAGAGUAAAAGAAAUUGUUCAAGCCCAAGAUUGUCUUCUUCCUAUGGGUAUCACUUCAGAAAAUGUGGCACACCGCUUUGGUGUGACGAGGGAAGAACAGGACCAAGCAGCAGUGGAGUCUCACAGGAAAGCUGCUGCUGCCACUGCUGCUGGUAAAUUUAAAGAUGAAAUAAUACCUAUACACACAAAGAUUGUUGAUCCAAAAACUGGUGAUGAGAAGUCUAUUACUGUCACUGUGGAUGAUGGUAUCCGGCCGAACGCAACUGUUGCAGAUCUGGCCAAGUUGAAGCCUGUUUUCAAGAAGAGUGGGACAACUACUGCUGGAAAUUCUAGCCAGGUGACUGAUGGUGCUGGAGCUGUUCUGCUGAUGAAGAGAAGUGUUGCCAUGCGUAAAGGGAUGCCUAUUCUUGGUGUCUUUAGGACUUUUGCUGCUGUUGGAGUUGACCCUGCUAUCAUGGGAAUUGGUCCAGCUGUUGCAAUCCCAGCUGCUGUGAAGGCUGCUGGCUUGGAACUUGAUGACAUCGAUCUCUUCGAAAUAAAUGAGGCUUUCGCUUCUCAGUUUGUGUACUGCCGUAAGAAGUUAGGUCUUGAUCCAGAAAAGAUCAAUGUAAAUGGAGGGGCUAUGGCAAUAGGGCAUCCAUUGGGUGCAACAGGUGCCCGUUGUGUUGCUACCUUGUUGCAUGAGAUGAAGCGUCGUGGUAAAGACUGUCGAUUUGGAGUUAUAUCAAUGUGCAUAGGCACUGGAAUGGGUGCUGCAGCGGUUUUUGAGAGGGGGGAUUCUGCUGAUGAGCUAUGCAAUGCUCGUAAAGUCGAAACCCAUGAUUUCCUCUCAAAAGAUGCUCGAUGAUUUUUUGGAACAGCAAACAAUUGGUGAAAAAGGUUUAGAGAAUGAAGAUAAAUACCACUGCUGAUUGUUUACAAAGUGUACAACUAAAACUGCAUGUUACCACCUACUUUACCGUAGAAUACAGGAAGUCAAGUAUCUGCGCAGUUUCUGAUGUUCUGGUAUUGAAUGUAUUACAGACAAUUUUAGUACUGUAUUCAACUUCUAUAUAUUUGUUUUCUUCAAAAUAAAAGGUACAAUAAAAUCUACUACUUGCUUGAA